AUCAGAGCAAAACCAUCACCCUCCAAAUCAAGAAUACAGGUACUAUAUAACAAACAUUGGUGUAAUUGGCAAAUGUAAUAAAUUGUACAAAUAUAAUUAUCUUGAAAAAUCCCAGCAUACCUUUCUUUUUUAAAAAUAUGACACAUUGUAUUCAAUUUUUUUUUUGCAUGCAGCAAACUGGGUUAAGCAAUUUUAAGGCAUGAUAUAUACAAUAUUGUUAUUUUGCAUGGUUUAUGAUUUGGUGUUAGUGUUUAGGUUUUUGAAGAAUGAUGAAGAUUUUUGUAAACAGUAGAUCUACUAUUAUUUGUAGAAUGCGAUCAAGUGUAUGCACUAAAAUAUAGAUCACUGGUACAGUAAUCAAAUUCAAACUUUAGGCUAACAUUUCUGAAUUGAAAACACAUCAGUCUUGUUUUUUUUUCUCAAACAAAUGUUUUGACCUAAAAAUUGAAAUUAACUUUAAAAUAUUUUUGUAUUCACACCUAUUUACACUUAAGUAAAUAACUCACCCAGUCUUAAUUUUGUCCAUAUGCGCUGUCUUUUUAUUGUGGUGCUCAGACAUAUUCAGAUUACAGUACGUUUGUGGUAAUUUUAUUUUGAAAAUUAAUUUUGUUGUUCAGAAGCUGAUGGCUUGAAAUUCUUAUGUUUUAUUUUUCACCUAAUUAACUGCUGGAUGGUUGUUUUAUCUCUUGGUGCUUUUUAAUCACAGAAGUUUCAUUCAUAUUAUGUAUCUGACUUGUCCACAAACCACGUUUUGAAAAGCAUUGUGGUACCUCAUGGGUCUGGGGCAUCCCUAGGAGACAAAGGUUAUCCAGCUGUUGCUGGAAUACAACGCAUGUGAUUGGCUGGAGAUAGUGGGAGUUAUAAUCUAACAGCAGCUAAAGGCCUGCAGCUGUCCAUCCCUGCUGUGGAGUCCGUUAAUCUUCUGCUUCAGAGCAGGUCUUUCACAUAAGUAUGCUCAGCGCAUACAUGGCUUGCAUGUAAUAAAAAUCCCCAAUCCACUGUUGUAAUCCCUGCAGCACAAGGAAGGGCAUUUUAGGAGAACAUUUGACCCACUGAUUUCAUGGGUCAUUUUGUAGAACCGAAAAAUCACUUCACAAACUAUCACAACAAAAAUGUUCUGCAGAUGCACACAACAAUAGAAAAUAUUGGUGUUACGUGUACACAGUAAUUCUGGAGCAAAAUUAUACAAGCAGAUUCCACAGCAGGAACAUUCCAUUGGUUUCCAUGGUGAGGACCAGUUUUUUGUGUCCCUGAGUUGUUCAUGUACAACUGCUAGUUCUCACAUGAAGUAAUUCUUUGUAGAUAAGUAUGUGUCUAGUCAUGCGUCUGUGGAAAUGGGAAUGGGCCUGCUUACUGCUGCAACCACAUGAUGUAGCACAUCUUACAUGAUGGGCAGUGUGUAUACGGAUGACCAUGAAAACACCUUAUGGCUAGUCCACCACAUUUAGAUAAUAUGUCUGAGCUAUGAGCUUGCAGCAGAUAUAAGUUUAAAGGGUUAUUCACUAAAGUGAGAAUUCAAAGUGGAUUCAAGGAGAAUUUAAAAUUUUAGGGCAAAGUAGCCAAACGGAAAGCAUAAGUGAGUUAAAGAUUGUUUCUAAUUGGCUAUUUUGGCCUUAAAAUUAAAAUUCAAUUAAAAUUCUAAGUUCCGUAAAGAACCCGCUUAAAUAGUAGUUUCAUAUAUGUUUUUAAUUGAUCCCUAUAUGUAUGAAGAUGAGUUUGGGGCAAUGUGGAACUUGGAGUGACCUUUGGUUUCCAUGGUCAGUGCGGGAAAUGCUACUUUUGCUUUUCAUACAAGAUGGAACACUGUAUUGAUCAUUUCUGCUCUUACAAAGUUUUGGAUCACCCUACAGUUUAAUAUAACAAAUCCUAAUGCUUAGUUUUAGCAAUUGAACUGAAUAAUAAUGAACAAACAAUGUACAACAACACACACACAAAAAAAAAUUAAUUAAUAAAUACUCGUAUAAAUUUCCCAUAUUUGCUGGAAAUCUGCAUAUUUUGAGGGGGCCAGUAAGUGGCUGUCCUGUAGUGAUUAUGGUGCCAUGAGACCUCCAGCACCUUCCCACAGUAAGUAGUCAAGCUGUUAUUUUGAAUUGAGUGCCUCUGUUCCGGCCUUGUCUUCAGAUAUAUAUAAAUCAGAAGUUUCUCGUCCACAUUAGAGAUGUCAAGUUAAUCCUAAUUUGAAAGGAAAGUAUGACCUGAGACUAUCAAAUGACACUCACAGACCGUUAAUUCCAUCCAAACACAGUUGGAAUUGGAACCACUAAAGUGGAAGUAGUGACGUCUGCAUUAGCAAUAUAGUCUAGCCCAGGGGAGGUUUUAGAGCAUAUGAAAAUAGUAUGACUACUUAUCCUGGGAUGGUGUCAUAGAUGUCCUGGUACAAUAACCACUUCAGUGUGCUGCACUUGUUAUGGUGCUUAGGCUAAAGCUCUUGAUGCUUUGUAUGCAUUUUGCUACUUCAUGCCUUUCCUGAGCUAUACAAUCAUCCUUAAGGGAGGGGGAAUUAAAUGGAAAAUAUUCUGAUUUCAAUGCAAACCUGGCUCAUAAAACAGAACUGUAUAUAUUAAAAAACUUGAGGAUGAAUUGCUAUACAGUAAAGUGUGAUGAACUGAUCAAACUGCAAAUUAUUUGACAGAAGGCAAAAGCUGAUUCAGGAGCGUUUCUAUCUUAGCUAUAUAUGACUCACUUCAUUUAAACCCUUUCCAUCAUCUAAUAGUAUAUUUCUUGCCACAAGCUCUGUCUCAAAAUAUUGUUUAGACUAUUGCUAGACUAAUUGUGUCACUGAAAUAAAUGAUCUACAAAUAGAAACUUAGUACACAAUCAUGAAAUAAUUAGAAUUCUUAUUACAAUAUUAGUAAAAAAAAAUAAAAUAAAAAAAUAGAUAAAAUUGCGCAUUUACAGAAAGAGUAAAUAUGUAAAUUUUUCACAAUAAUUGUGAAAAAGGCACUCUUUAAAAAUAUUAUACAACAUGGAUAAUGCAAUUAUUAUGUUAAAAAACACACCAGAAUAACAGAAGGUAAAAAAAAUAUACUCAUAUUUGAAGUUGCCUCAUUUGCAGGCAGUCCUGUCGAAUAGAGGCUAUAGGUGUCUAAUAUCUAAUAUUGGGUAUGGAUAAAGGCCUGACUAGCAGAUUUCAAAGCUGUAUAUGCGCAACUUCUUUCUGCUUAGAGCAAGGGUUUAUGGCACUUGAAGUUCAGUUAUCAGCUUUCUAGUUACAAACUAAGUUAGCUCUAUCAACUUCCACAGACCCAACUAGAAAUUACAACUGUGUUAUUGGAGACACAUUGUCUUUUGGGAAGGAAGAGUAAGAGAGUGGCAUCAUAUACCCAAUACAGUAACCAGUAAGAAUUAAGUAUUUUUGUAUGGAGGGUAAAGAAAAGUUUAGAAGGGGUAUCGUUAAGAUGGUGAAUGCUGCAAAACUGUUUUUUCUUUGUAAAACAAAAAUAUACAUAGAACCGAAAAUGGAAAAUACAGCUACUUAUUUAGAACAAAAAGUAUAAAAUACAUAAAAGUUGUUUUGGUGUCUGGAGUUUCCCUUUAAGUUCAUCUCUUAUAAUAGAAGAGUUAUAUAGGAGGCUAAUGUAUCCAACACCUAAUAAACUAGGUCCAGUCACCAGCAAUUUUUAUGACUAAUUUUAGAAACUUAUUUAUUAAGAACAUUUUUUUUAUCUUCUGAGUCUGUAUUCAUAUUAAAUAUUUUACUAACCAGCUGGAACAGUUUGCCUUUAUUUAGCCUCUGUGCUUUCCAGGCUAUGGUACAGUGAUUGAAAUGAAUGAUCAUUUGUUGAUCUAUGUAUAUUCAUCUGCUGCUGCAUUACAUCUUAUGUAUUUUAUAGUAGUUUGAAUAUAAAUGGUGCUCUGCAAUUGAGUGUUUUGAUUUAUUUGUUAAGCUGUUUAGUUUUUUUUUUCUCUUCUUAUGCUUAGUAUAAAGGGACAUUUAUCCUCACACGUAGAGAGCUUCUUUUGUUUUUACUUAUUUUUCUUAUAGGAAUUUGCAGCCUUCCCAUUAUUUAUUUGUUUGACAUGUACAUUGAGGCAGUAGUUUAUUAGCUAUAUUUACCAUUUGUCCAGUAGAACCACGUAUGGGGCCAUUCUGCACUGGUAUGUCUAGAAUGGCACUUCAUUAUAUGCCUACCUCUAUUAUUUAUUGUAAACUCUUUUGUUAAAAGAACACUCUUACUGAAUUCACAUACCCAACAACACUGGACAUAGGUAAUUUUAAUUAUUGGAUCUAUGUUAACUGGAGUCCCUAGUGGUGUGGACAUUACAUAAUGUAAACAGUGCACAGUUUGCAAAGCUGCAGGGACAAUGCUAUGCCUCCAAAUCACUUACUUAAGAUUUAAUGAUUUUGGUGCGCAGACUGCCCCUUUAAUCUGUCAUGCUGUAUUCUAAUCUCAAUACUUAGAUGUUUUUAUAAAGAGACAUAGUGGUUAAAGACCAAUAUAUCCUUUUACAAAGGUGGUCCUCCCAUUACAAUACAGUGUGAUGCCAUGGAUUAAAUGGGAAUUCAGUAUUGACACACAUGCUUAGUUAUGAAGAAGGCUUUGGUAGGUGAUGUUGCUUCUAAGAGCAUGUUUCAUUGUGAUUUUCCUGUUAUUCCAAUACAUUAUUCUUUUUACCAUGGUCUCAUAGCAGUCAAGUAAUUAAGGACACAGGCGAUGGAACAUUUAAAAUGAGAAAUUACAAUGCAUUAGCCCCUGACAAAAGGUUAGGCAGAUCCAAUUAUAGCAUGAUGGCUCUAGCACAACUUCUGUAAAAAAGCAGUUAAAUUAAGUUGCUGACUAUUUUAUUAAUUCCUUAUAGAUUAUUUAUUUAAAUAAAAUAUUUAUGUUUUCUAAAUACAGAAUGUAAGUUCAUUUAACAUUUCCAUGGUGCCUUAAAGGACCACUAUAGUGCCAGGAAAACAUACUCGUUUUCCUGGCACUAUAGUGCCCUGAGGGUGCCCCCACCCGGCUCUGGAAAGGGGAAAAGGGGUAAAACUUACCUUUUUCCAGCGCUGGGCGGAGAGCUCUCCUCCUCCCAUCCUCCUCUUCUCCUCCCCGUCAGCUGUAUGCGCACGCGCGGCAAGAGCUGCGCGCGCAUUCAGCUGGUCACAUAGGAAAGCAUUCAUAAUGCUUUCCUAUGGACGCUGGCGUGCUCUCACUGUGAAAAUCACAGUGAGAAGCACGCAAGCGCCUCUAGCGGCUGUCAAUGAGAAAGCCGCUAGAGGAAAUAGGGGAAGGCUUAACCCAUUCAUAAACAUAGCAGUUUCUCUGAAACUGCUAUGUUUAUGAAAAAAUGGGUUAACCCUAGCUGGACCUGGCACCCAGACCACUUCAUUAAGCUGAAGUGGUCUGGGUGCCUAGAGUGGUCCUUUAAGUGCAAUAUGUAUAGAGGACCUAUUAGAUAAUAGUCCAACAAAUGUUGGUUAUUGGUUGUAUAUUUGUAACCUAAAAUAAUGCACCUCAUAUGUGAGACUGUCAAGGCACAGGGGACAGUGCUUGCAUGUAACUUUUUUCAACUUUUGAUUGUUUUUUACAUUUACUUUGCUGCACAAUUCAUUACAGAAAAAUGGUUAAUUCAUAUUCACUGUGGUGAGUAAAAAGUGUUAUGUCACCAACUGAGAUGUGCCGGGUUCUCAUCGUGCCUCAAUAAAUUAGGUAGCUAAAGUUGAUCAAAUGUUCUACCAAUGACCAUGUUGCAAUAGCUAUACAAGUUUUGCACAGGGGCAGGUUAACAAGAUGUAGGAAUAUAUCCACAAAAGUCUAACAUAUUUAAAGUCAGAUAAUGUCAGUUCACAUGGCUUAAUACUGGCACACACUGAUGCUAUUUACAAGAUCCAAGUAUGGGAAGAGAAACAAACAUGACAUCAUCUAAAUGUAUAGGGAGAGAAGCAAACAUGACAUCAUCUAAAUGUAUAGGGAGAGGAACAAACAGGACAGCAUCUAAAUGUAUAGGGAGAGAAGCAAACAUGACAUCAUCUAAAUGUAUAGGGAGAGGAACAAACAGGACAGCAUCUAAAUGUAUAGGGAGAGGAACAAACAGGACAGCAUCUAAAUGUAUAGGGAGAGGAACAAACAGGACAGCAUCUAAAUGUAUAGGGAGAGAAGCAAACAUGACAUCAUCUCAAUGUAUAGGGAGAGGAACAAACAUGACAUCAGCUAAAUGUAUAGGGAGAGGAACAAACAUGACAUCAGCUAAAGUCACAUUAAGCUGCCCUUGCCGUUACUGUCCCCUAUUCUUGAUUUGGUGCAAGUCAAUACUUGAAAAUAAGUGAACAAACUAACCCUUUUUUGUUAAAAAAAAAUAUUUUAAAUAAUUCUCUGCUAGUGCUAUGGAAAAGCAGAGAUUUUUUAUAUCCCUUUUGAAAAUGUAGCACUUCGGUAAUAAGCAACGUAACGUGAACCUUCUAAAUCGAAAACUUAAUGCGAGCUUUCUCUAAAUUUCUAACAAGUGAACAGUUUAAUUGGAGAUCACUAUGGGAAGAUUAUGUGUGGUCUUGCACAUAACUACCCUUCAGACUCCCCCCACUACCUCUUUAGCAUGCUCUCCAGGCAAAUGUUUACUUUAACCCCCUCAAUUUUUUUCUGCAUCACCUCCUUUCUGAAAGAGACACAUUCUUCUUAUUGUGCUAAAAAAUGUCCCUGUUUCUUGAUGCUGUGCCUAAAUAGAUCUUGCAACAAAUGUUACAAAUACCCUUAGAGGUACCAAGCCUCUUUGGAGUCCCAAUAUCAUUUUAAUGCAUAUCUGGGAAUACAUAACUAACACAACAUCAAAAUUUAAAAAAUGAGUUAUAAAAAGAACUGUUCACAAACUUAUAACAUGUACCUCGUUAAACUAUAUCAUGACAACUGGACAUAUUUGAAAACACAGUAAGUUGAUUACAAAGAAAAACUGUAUGGCAAAAUGUUCAAAGUGUAGCAAUCAGCAGACGCAUUCAUUAGGUUUGCAUGGUGACUGCUGCACUUUUAGAAUUUCACCCCAGAAUUACACUUCAUGUUCUAAAAGUGGAGCAGUUGCCCUAGGAACCAGUGGAAUGUUUCUGCUGAGAGCUUUGCCCCAGAAAUACUCUGUAUGCAUUACCCUGUCCUCAUGGCAGUGGUUGUUAUUAUAAAACAAAUAUAUAAAUAUAGAAUACUCCAAUCCCUAUUUCAUAUUGCAAAUGGUUGAAAUAUAUUAAAUCCUACAAAAAAACACCCCCUCCAUUUUAAUCUUUACAUACCCAUCCCUAUAUACACACAGGAUAUGUAUUUAUUCAUGUAAUCUAUUUGACCACAAAAUGGUUGUACAUAGGCAAUUUGCUAAAUUGAGGCAGCAAAUGGUUAACCGAACUGAGAAUAUUGUGUCCAGUACAGCCUGCCUGCAAAAGAGAACAGUCUUUUUUAUUUCAGCAUACAUGACAAUGUGUUCACUAUACCAACAGCAAACAAUCACAGUGCUUCAUGAGAAAAAAAAAGCUCAAAUAACAGGUUUUUGUUUUUUCAUUGAGUCUGAUGUAGGGAAGAAUAGAACUGUCACUUUGUAUGAGUGCUGUUUACACUUGCCCUGUCACUACAGCACAUGACAGGACUGUGCAAUCCUGAAGAUCACGGCAGGAGUGCAGUACAGUCCCACAGAACAGGGCUAAGAGAAUGGCUCCCAAUUAGUGAAAGAGGGCUGUGUGAAUUUGCCUCUUUGUAGAGAACUGUUGGAGAACAGAGACUUCUGGGAACAGUCACACCAAAUUUGGGGUACUGUUAGUGAGGCAUUAACCAUUUCAGUGUUGGAAGUGAAUAAUGCAUAUAGAAAAAGUAGUGAACCACCACUCAUGGUGCCAUUUCUCCUGUUGUCAUUUGCAAAUGCAAGGUGAGUGAGAUACCUGUAUAUAGAUAUAUCAAUCAGUUUUUUUCAAUACUGCUGUCUGGUUUUAUCAGUUGCCAAAAAUAUUGCGCUGCAUUAUUCAUCGUACAGGUCAAUACAGGAGAUGUGAUGCUAUAUAUGGGAGCAGUAAAUAUUAUUUUAAAACACACAGAUACAGAGAAAAAAAUACAAUCUAAAGUACAAAGUGAAAUCAGCCCACUCAUUAAUGAAGUAAUUAUUAGACUUGUGGAUUUCGUUUUGGUCAAACUGAAAUUCAUCUGAAUUGCGUUUGCUUCAAGAUUCAAAGUUCAGUCCUAUUCGCCCAAAAAAUGGUUGAUUGGAAAAAAAAUAAUUGAUGGCUAGGGAGCUGCUAGUACAUGUUGGUUUUAUUUACAGAUCAAUUGACAAGUGGCCGAUAGAGGGUAGCAGUAAAAAUAUUUAUAUAUUAUAUAUUUAAUAAAUAUAUGUAAUAUAUAAAUAUAGAUUUUUGUUUACUGCUCCUUUUUACCUAAUUUGGUUACUUUUUCUAAAUUGACCUGUAAGCCAAAUGGCAGGAAAUGUGCCUACCAUAACAUGAUAUUUAUAUUAUUUAUAUAUUUUGCAAUACAUUGACUGGCCCAAUUUUGAACCCUUUUUCUUUGUCCAAAUCAUUUAUCCAAAAAAUUUAGUUUGACAAUAUUUGGAGAUGCCAAAUUGUCAAAAGGUCCUAAACCGAAUUUCAUUUUUAGAAAAUUUGAUUCGACUGAACCACAUUUUUCUUACGGUUUCUAGAAAGUAUAAAAUAAAAAUUAGACAAAAUCAGAAGAAAAUAUUCUAGUGUAGCAACACGGAAUUAAAAUGUUGACUUAUUAAUUAAAUGUAUUUACCCUGGACUUUGGUGCAAUAGCCAUGGGGUAGUGGUUUUAUGUGAAAUCUUAGUAAACCAUAGCAAGCUACAUUUUGAUCUAUAACAUGUUCAAGUUAGUUCUAAAGUUCUGUAAUUAGGACUCAAAAAUUUAAAUUCUGAAUCACAUGGCUUCAAGAGUAUAAGUCAAGUCUACACUGGGAUUUAAGUACUGCGACCAACAGAAAGGUUGAAUGUCUCUGUCAGGCCCAUGCCUUCAAAUGUGUAGGAGAAAAAUAUAUACACUGUAUACACACACCUCUUAAUUAUUGAAUUCAGGUGUUUCAAUAAGACCCAAUGCCACAUGAGUGUAAAACCAAGCAUCUAACCAUGUAGUCUGUAUUUACAAACAUUUGUGGGAAAAAUUGGUUGUUCUGAAGAGCUCAGUGAAAUCAAGUGUGGUACUGUGAUAGGAUGCCACCUUUGCAAUAAGUUAGUUUGUGAAAUUUCAUCCCUGCUAGAUAUUCCAUGGUCAACUGUAAGUGGUAUUAUUGGAAAGGGGAAGUGUUUAGGAGCAACUCUGCCAAGUGUAACUCUGCCAAGUUACAGAGCGGGGUAACGGAGUGCUGAGGCUAUGGUGCGUAAAAGUCCCAACACUGCUGAUUCCAGACUUCCACUCUCAUUAAUAUCAGCUAAAAAAACUGAGCGUCAUGAGCUUCAUGGAAUGGGUUUCCAUGGCUGAGCAAGUGCAUGCAAGCCUCAGAUCACCAAGUACAAUGCCAAGCGUCGGAUCAAGCCACCACUUGUCUCUGGAACAGUGGAAACGUGCUCUGUGGAUUGACAAUCAUGCUUCUCUGUUUGGCUGUCAGAUGAGCGAGUAUGGGUUUGGUAGAAGUAAUGAGUGUUAUUUGUCUGACUGUACUGUGCCAACUGUAAAGUUUGGUGGAGGACUGAUAAUGGUAUGGGGCUGUUUGUCAGGGAUUGGGCUUCCAGUGAAGAGAAAUCAAAAUGCUUCAGCAUACCAAGACAUGGGCAAUGCUAUGCUUUGUGGGAACAGUUUGGGGAAGUCCCUUUUCUAUUCCAGCAUGACUGUGCCCCAGUGCACAAGGCGAGGUACAUAAAGUCAUGGUUGGGUGAGUUGUGCGUGGAAGAACUUGACUGGCCUGCACCAAGCCCCACAACCAUUGGAGUGAACUAGAAAAGAGAUUGCAAGCCAGGCCUUCUUGUCCAACAGCAGUGCCUGACCAUGCAAAUGCUCUACUGCAUUAAUGGGCAAAUAUUCAAACAGAAACACUCCAAAACCUUGUGGAAAGCCUCACAGAAGAGUGGAAACUGUUAUGGCUGCAAAGGGAGGAUUAACUACAAAUGAAUGUUUAUGUAUUUAGAACAGGAUGUCAUAAAAGGCCAUGUGUACCAAUACAUUUGUCUAUAUAGUGCAUUUGUCAUUUUGGUUUCUAGGUUAGAGGGUAUCUUUUUAAUUCAUGUGCUAUUGGAUGAUAUACGUAUUGCAGAUCAUAACAAACUACUACUUACUACAAUGCUGAUAUGCUGGAUUAAGUAUAAAUAGUAAUGCUAAACUAAAGAACUAAAGUUCAAAGUCAGUCAGCAAGAAAAUUGUGGUUGAUCACUUGAAAAGGUAAUUCUUUUUUACAUAUAGUUUAUUGUGUGCCUUCAGUCCAUUAAGAAUCUGUAUUCUUACCGUUUUAGUGUCUGUAGUUAGAUAAUCCCUCCUGUGUAGGAUUUUUACUGCCUCCUUCAUGGCAUGGCCCCUUCCAAUGCUCUUCCUAGAGGAGAAUUGGGUACCUAAUGUGCAUGUGCCACAAAUGCAUCUAAGUUUCCCCAUAGGAAAGCAUUGAAUCAUUGCUUUUCUACAGGGGCUUCCACAUAACGAGUUUUUCUCGGUCAGUGCCACAAUAGUGCCUCUAUUUAUUUAUUUAAAAUGUAUUAAUCUGAUUAUUUUGGAGCUGAAAGGUUCAUUCAUAUUGUUUAAGCAUUUUGUUCAACAGUAUUACAAUCAUAGCACAAGGCAGCAGUAGAGGCAUACUAACACAAAAUACCAAAACGCAUUUCUCAAAACCCCAAAAUCUUUCAAUUAAUUUAGGAAUAAUGCUAAUCAAACAUGAGAAAUUAUCUGGCAAGGUCAACAGAGAAAAGCUGUUAAGGUCACAUUCAGCCACUCAGCUGUGCAACCAGCAUAUUUCUGUUUAAGCUACUGAUUCAUAUAAGCAUAGUUAACAUAUUCAAAAUAAUUAUAUAUAUAUAUAUAUAUAUAUAUACAUACAACAUACAGGGUUUCCUUGCACUCACGCUUGUAGACAGUUGUAAGCCGGGUGCUUGUAAUCCAGGGAAAAAUUGCAUAUGGUGAAGUAGUGAUCAGCACUCUCGGACUUUUGUUGAGUUUAAAACUUACAGUUUAUUGAAAUUCCAUUUAAAAGAUCAACGUUUCAGUUCCUAUCUGGAACUUUCAUCAGGAUCAAACAUGAGAUAAGAUGUUUGAUCCUGAUGAAAGUUCCAGAUAGGAACUGAAACGUUGAUCUUUUAAAUGGAAUUUCAAUAAACUGUAAGUUUUAAACUCAACAAAAGUCCGAGAGUGCUGAUCACUACUUCACCAUAUAUAUAUAUAUAUAGUAAAUAUUAAAUUGUUCACCAGGAAUGUGUCUACUAUGCUGCAGAUAAACUAACACAGUAUAAAACAUAUGACAUAAACCACCCAAUAUAAAUGUAUACAAAGUUGCCGCAUCAGUGAUUGAGGUGAUAAUCAGCUGACAUACAAUAAUUCCAAAAUCAAGUAAUGAGUUCCUUGACCAGUCUGAUAUGUUUCAGAUAUGUUCUCUCUGUAAUGGCACAAGAUAAGCUAAAACCAGCUUGAGUUCUGAGCGGGGACCCACCGAAGGGCAGGCUAUUUCAGCUGCUGUCCGUUCUCAGAAUACUCUUGCUACCCGUUUUUUGCUCUCAAGUAAUGAGUUCCUGUUCAUUCAGGAUACAGGUUCCUAAUUUAGAAUUAUUGCACAAUAUUUGUAUUAGUAGCUGUAUACAUUUUGUUCACAGAUACGGAGACUAUAUUACAUUACGAUCCAGUUUCUGAUAAAAAAAAUAUUUUAGUUGUAUGAGGAUGCAUAAUCUUAACCAAUGUGAUUAUCUGCAUAGUUGUCCUAAAGAUAUGCCAAAUACCAAUUUGUAGCAGAACAAAGGACCAUAUUAACAGUUUGCUUUAUUUUGACAAUAAUAUAAAUAUCCCUCUUGAAUAGAUGAUUUUACAAGCAAAAGUUACAAAGUUAUCCACCGAUCUAAAUGGACUGUUUAAGCACUUACAUUUAAAGACUUUUGCUAGGAAAAUGACCGAUGACAGGAGGUGUACGAUGAGAAUCUGACUCUUAACACCCCCAAUAUGAUCUUUCCAUUUGUUUAAACCAAAUUCUGAACUAGGCCUUUCAGGCCAGUAGACACCAGGCGAGUGGCAGAUGGCACUUUUUUUGUACGUUGCUUGUCUCCUGUCAUUCGGAUAAAUUAAUGCAGGGUCUGCAAAUAGGGGCAGGGAAAAGAGGGGGUGUGUAUGGAGGAGGGUGAAGAAAAAGAAAAAAAAAACAAUUAAGCUAAAAAACAAUAGAGACACGUGCCAGCCAGCUCUAGCCGUUUGUAGACACAAUGGAGCAAUCGUCUUUCAAUAACAGAACCAACUGUUGCAAGCCUGCUAGCUCUGUCCAGCUUUCAAAUGAUGGUGUUUGAUCUUGUUUGUUUAUGAUUGAGCCAAUGGGAGAGAUGGAAUAGGGGUCAGCUGGCCCUUUCUUCCUGUCAUUACAGUGCUUCACCCUACAAAUUAAGAAAGGGGCAUUGUAUAAGACAUAGACACUGCGGACUGUUUGACUGCAGUAGCAGGUGCAUAGCAUGCAGAUAAAAUUUAUAUAUAUAUAUAUAUAUAUAUGUAUAUAUAUAUAUAUAUAUAUAUAUAUAUAUAUAUAUAUACACACACAGAAAUAUCUUGAUGAGUUCAUGGUGGAGAAAGGAAAAUGUGAAUUGGAUUGUGGAAACAAAAAUAUAAUUAAAAUGAAAAAAACACAUUUUGAUUGCAUUUGAUUUUUACAAUAUUAAUAUGUAACCAGUUACACAUACAUAUAUACAUGCGCAUUUAUAUUAGUUAGUUUAAUGCUUACUAAAACGAGAGAGAGAGAGAGAGAGAGAGAGAGAGAGAAAAAAAAGAAAAAGAAAGAAAGAACACUCAUGCUUUAAUAUUGAAGCAGAUUUAAGCAUUAAAUAGAGUGGAUCAACGUUUCAGUCCUGUAACAAACAUUUCAUUUUGAGUACAUAUGAUUCACUGGACAAGUCUUAUAAGUGCUCUUCAUUAUUUUUCUAUUCGUUAACCAGAAUUUUUUAGAACCAACACAAGUUACUCUUUUGUGCAGACAUUGAGUGUGGAAUGCCCCUUGUGUAUCAUUUGUUGUGUUCCUUACAGGGCAUUAUUGUCAUACUUCAGCAUUUUCCCCAAAAAAUACAAAAUACAUAUUUACAAAGUGUAGAAAAAAAAAACCCAAAAAAACUAUUUCUUUGAUUAAUUGUUCUACUAUAUCAUCUAGAUAUAAAAAAAAGUGAUUUGCUUGAAUUUCCAUGUGAAACCAAUACGAUCAUUGCUAUUUAAUAUACAUUCGUUAAUCCUAGAAUUAGUAGUUCUUCAACAUUUUGUGACAUAGAUGAUCUGUAUGGCAUUAGCUUGGGGAACCAUGUUAAUAUAAUAAAUUAUAAAAUAUGUUUUAAAAAUAACUUUCAUUAGACUGCUAUCAUUAUGUCGAAGGUUUCCAUUGCAUCAUAAAAGCAGUGAUGCUACAUUCAAACAUUUGUGAACAGACACCGGGGGACCAGGAUUAACAUGGAUUGACAUGUUCCAAGCAAUAUCGACACACUAACAUAGAACAGGGCUCUAAUUUGUAGUAUUAACCCAGUGAUUAAGUACCACUGAUCUGAAUGAAGGCCAGCUAUCACAGAAAAUAUAGUUUAAAAAAAUUCUGCAGACAUGGCUAUGCAUCUUGCAAAAUUACUUCACAAACCUUUUAAGUACCAAUAUUAUCAAUCAACACAUUAGGGCUCAAAAACUGAAUGGCUUCUCCUUUUUUAAUAGAGGCCCUUGUAUUGUCACAUGUAAAGUGCAUGUAUCUGCCAAUUGUAUUAUUAAUUUUUAAGUAGCAAUAUAAAUAACACUAGUCUGUACAAACAGCUAUGUGGCACAAACCCAAAUGUCCCAUGGUUACAACCAUAGAUAACAUUGUAAACAAUAUCAUUUGUUGGCAACACUCACUGCCUUAAACAAACAAGGAAACUAUAACAGAAGCAUUCAUCUUGACUUCUAUUAUAUAACGAGUACUCCUAGAAUUAUUAAUGCACAAUUAUACAUUGAUUGGUAGCAGUCAAACUACUAUUGUUCUGUAAAACUACUGCCCUUUAUGAGGAUUUUUAACAUUGUAGAAUAAUGGGAAGAUAUAACCCGUGGAAACAAAGAUGCUGGUAGAUAUCAAAACGCAUGUCAAUAAUAUUUUGACAGAGAAGGGUUUGAAACAUAAAGUGACAUUCCAUCUGCUAUCAAUAAAUACGGGACAACCUUAAAACAGUAGACUAGAUCCUCAAUGACCUUCCAUGUUUCUCCCCACAGACUAAUGACGACAGACCCCAACCAAAUACGAGGGGACGAUCUUCCCAAUGACCUGCAAUCACUGUCAUGGCUGACUUCUGUAGAUGUCCCCAGGUUGCAGCAGAUGACAAGUGGAAGAAUGAACUACAGCCUCACGUCAGAGAAUUCAGUAAUGGACCAGCAAGGUGAGUACAGAAGUUAAUCGAACAUAAAUACCCGCUGGUUUAUGGUAAAUUCAAAAACACAGACCAUAGAUAAAGCAGGGAGCUUCUGAAAACUAUCACAUUGAUGUUAUAUAUCUCAUUUUUUGUAGCAUGUUGUUGUAUAAUUGUACAUUAUUAAAACAACGCUACCAAACUUCCCGGUAUCAUAACGCCUCUAUGCUUGCUGCUUACACAAUAGCCAGUAUCCCUGGUCUUACAUGAGAGUGUAGUAAAUAAAGUGCUCACAGUCUCAGAUGCUUUACCAGGACAAUUCAUCUCAUGUGUAACAAACAUAAAUAUGAGCAAGCAGUGAUUCUCUGUUAGUCUUGCCAAGCAUUCCUUUAAAACAAAUGUCGUUAUUUUCCAAUUAUGAGUUUAAAUUUCAGUAAACAAAACUCAGCAAAUCUGCUCAUACAAGCCAUGGGUUAUAUCCAAUAUCUGUCUGCGGGUUUCAUAUUUAUCAAGAAGUACAAAACACGUAGAUGGGCAUUGGAUGUAAUCCAUGGCUUUGUGGGAACACUAUUGUUGCGUUUUGUAUGCUGAAAUGUUAAAAACGUAAUUGGUAAAUAAAGAUGUGUUUUAGAGCUUGGCAUGUGUAAAACUAUAUAUAUAUAUACACACACACACACUAUUUAUGUGUACCUUAUUGAUUUGUACAUUAACAUGUUUUCCUGUUCAUAGGUCAUCAUAUAUCAAGCAAUGUCCACUCUCCUGGUGCCAUGAUUCACGUACCAGCAAGCAUGCAACAAGGGAUUAUGGGUCUGAACACUAUGACAUCUCAUGGAUCCACGGUAAAUCAUUUAAACGUGUGAUCUGAAAAAUAGCAACAACAUGUAAAUAAAGAUGCCUUUUGUUAUUCUGCAACUUUAUCAUUAUGUCUUUACUUCCUCAUCAUCAGAUUAGCCAGUAUAAUAUGGCUGGACAUUUGUCUCCAAGUCUGCAGUCUCAGCAAUCUAUGUACCAGUCUCAUACUCAUCAAAUCUAUGCACUUUCUCAGGAAUCCCAACAGGUAAAGAACUUUUUCCUAUUAGUUUAUGGUUUACAAUCACAUUUGUUAAGCUUAUAAACAACCAGUUAAAAGAAAAUUCCAAGCACCUUAACCACUACAGCAUAAAUAUUCAAACUAUUUGCUAACAGUUUGACAACUUACCUGGGGUCCAGCAGUGCCGGGCUUAGCUUAUUGGCUGAGAGAGAUCAAUUGAACCGCUUAGCGUUUUAAUUAGAGAUUAGCUAAUGGAUGCUCAGUGUAGGAAGUGUCUGGCAUCUGGCAGACCCAAGAUAAGUUGUCAAACUGUUUUUUAAAUAGUUUGACUACUUACAUUGGGUAGCACCAGGGUGCCCUUUGCACCAUAACCACAACAGUACAUUGUAGUAAUUAUGCUUCUUGGAGUGUACCUUUAAAGCAAAAGAAUGUAAUAUACUGAUAGACUAAUAGACUGAUAUACACUAGAGUCAGGAUGAAAUUUAUAUCCAGGUAGCAGCUUAAUGUUUGAGCCAGAUAGCCUUCUGUGUAAACCUUACAUCUGUUAUUUCCAAGUCAUUAUUGAAGAAGCAUGUCUAGCUUACUGAUUAUGUUAAAUUUACACUAAUCCGCACCUCGAAUCAGUUUUCAUUUUUAGCACUGGAUAGUUUGCUUUUCUCUUUAAAAUGACCUGUGUCUUGCUUAGGACUUUAAAUCCUGAAGGCAGACUCCAGACCUCUUUAGCAUUUUAGCUUGCUUAAGUGCUUAAUGUAUAAAGAGUGUGUCCUUUUUUUAAAUGAGAAAAAAAGUGCAGAUUUCAAUAGAAAUUGGCAGUUUAUAAAUUAACCUGGUUACAUACCCUGGUUUUCUAUCAGACAACAGGUCAUUUUACCUCCUGGUUUGGCUAGUUCAGUGGAACUAAACUCAAGAGGCAGCAAUUGCCCAGAGUACCUGCCUUGCAAAGACUUCUCAUUGAAAGUCUGAGCGGGGUCAGAAGAGGAGGGUGUGCAAAGGCUGCAGGCAAGAGAACUGCAGGUUUUGCUAGCUACUUUUAGAAAUACCCCCAAUGAACAAAUGCAUAAUUUUAGGCAGGCAUGUUUUCAUUGGGGCAUAUUUACUAAGUAGUGAUUUAAAUUUUUUUUUUUUAAGUGUCCAUUUAAUAAAUAAUGUGAUACUUUAAUGUAUUAAUGAGCAGAUUGUAAAUAUAAGGAAAAUGUAAGGAAGAGCAGUGUUGCUGGGGUGCAGAAUUGGCAGUGGUGUCUGGUAUAAAACACUGGUAUGGUCAUGAGCAUGUCCUGAAGUGAGGUGACAUUGGGGACCAAGUAAUGUGAGGUUUUAACAGGGAUAGAGAGUAAUGCAGGAUUUCCAGCUAACCUCAGACUCUGAAUGUGGUUGAUUCCAGUGUUCUCCAGCCGGUUUAUACAGUAACUCCUACACAACACAGUCUCCGUACUCACAGCCACGCCUGGCGGCUCACUCUACCCAGGACAUACACCCCAAGAACUACCCCAAACCCAUCUACUCAUACAGGUAUCUAACUCUUCAAGUGAAAGUGUCAGAAUGUAAGCCUGUCAUUGGUACUAACAACUCACUAUGCACUUUUAUUUAACCUGCUUUUCUAUUACAGUUGCCUAAUCGCUAUGGCCUUGAAGAACAGCAAGACUGGCAGUCUACCUGUGAGCGAGAUAUACAGCUUCAUGAAGGAACAUUUUCCUUACUUUAAGGUAAUCUAGAAUAGUUUUUUUUAAAUCGUAAUAGAUGCCUCUUGGCAUGAGACAGGCUGGCAUGCUGAUGGAUGUCUCUCACCUCCUUAGAAUGUCACUGAGGGCAUUUUUACCAUUUUAUUUGACUCCAAAUAUUCUGUUAUGAUUGGAGCAUAGGUUUAAGAUAAAACCUGAUAUACCACAGCGAAUAAAAUUACUUCCAGUCUGACAAAAUUAUGCCACAUCUAAAAAUCCAUUGGUGUUUUAGGUUAAUAUGCUUAAUGUUAUAUUUGAUUUGAAACACAAACUGACAUAGUGUUCUAAUCGAUCAUUAUUAUGGCAUUCAUGAAAGUGGUCAAAUCUGUUGGUCUCAUCUUUUUCCAGACGGCUCCAGAUGGUUGGAAGAACUCAGUUCGACACAAUCUUUCUUUGAACAAAUGCUUUGAAAAGGUAGAGAAUAAACUUAGUGGGUCCUCACGUAAAGGUUGUCUUUGGGCUCUGAAUCCAGCCAAGAUUGAUAAGAUGGAAGAGGAGAUGCAGAAAUGGAAAAGGAAGGAUCUGCCUGCCAUCCGUAGAAGCAUGGCAAAUCCAGGUAAUAGGCCAUUAUUAGAGAUUGAUAUGCUGGUGGACCCCAAGCAGCUAGAAAGAUGUAAUUAAUGUUUUGGAUGUUUUAUUUCCCACAAGACCUAUUUAGAAUCUUAUAGCUCCCAGUAAAAUAUUGUGAAUCCCAACCUUCAGCACACUGAUGUUUGAAUAAAAUAUGUGUUCCCAUCAUUAACGUUUAGAUGAUUUUAGAGCAGUUCUAACUAUCAUUGAUAUAUAAACUAUUGGUCACGUCUCUCUACAGACUUGUUCCAGUCACAAAAAUUUAUUUUGCCAUAUUUUUCUUUCUAGAUGAGCUUGACAAACUGAUUAUGGACAGGCCAGAGAACUGCAAAGCUCCAAGCAAAUUAACGGAAUUGGACUUACCACCAAUGUCAAACAUGGCGAAUAUUCCCGGGAGGAUUCCCAUGGCCCAGCUCCACCCACAUCCUAUCAUGACAUUGUCCUUACAGUCCAUUCCACUACAUCAUCACAUCCAAACUCAGUCCAGAAUAGCAUCAAGUUCUCCAGCUCCAGCCCAGAGCCCUCCAAUCCACACAGUGCCAGACAUGACUCAUAGCCCAAUGCACCAGCACAUCAUGAACAGGGCUGUAUCUGACUUCCUCAACCUUAACUCGGAUGUGAACACAGAGGUGGAUUGUCUAGACCCAAGUAUUAUGGACUUCGCUCUACAAGGUAAAAUUUGUGAACAGUUUGUAUCAAUCAUAUUGUGUGUGUCAUGUAGUUCAUUAAAAAAAAAUGGAAGUAAUUUAGUCCACUUUCCAUUGCUUCAUAGCUUUAAACCAAAACCUGCAUCACAUGCCUCACAUUUUCCUCUUUUAUCUUAUCAUUUAGAGCAGUGUUCUCCAACCCAGUCCUCAUGGACCACAAACAGUCCAGGAUUUAUGUAUUUCCCUGUUUUAUUCCAAUGGAGAUACUGAUAAAACCAGUCCAUGAGGACUGGGUUGGAGAGCACUGAUUUAGAGCCAUUGUUGUGUGCAUGCUUUACAAGCAUUAUUCCUAAAAGGGUUGCUAAACUGAACAUCUGACUUUACAUUUUCAUUGUCAAGCAUUAUAUAGCACCCCGUCUGUGAACAGCCUUCCAAAUAGUGCAAAGUGAUAUAGUUUAAAAUGUAUUUUUCACUGUUACUUUAAAUGUACACAUUACAGUUUUUGUAUUCAUUCAUAUUCAUUAGAUGCAAACUUACUAUCUCACUUCCAUUCAUUUAAUUAUUACACAUUGUAUGUAAACCAUUAUCAUACUUCUAAUCAUAUUGGAUAACCUUCUUCCAGGAAAUAUAUGGGAAGAAAUAAAGGAUGAGAGUUUCAAUCUGGACACUUUGGGUGCCUUCACCAAUUCUCCUCUGCAGCUAUCCGACUGUGACUUGGGAACCAUUGGUCUAACACCCGUGUCCAACAGUAGUGACCAGUCAUUCUCGGACUUUCAAGUCACCAGUCUAUACACCACUUAUGCCAAGCUGGACAAUGUGCCACCUUCUCAGUGUGUGACAGGACCUGGCAAUAAGCCCAUCGCCCUUCUCUAAGACACCUGCUACGGGAACCAGAGACCCCAUAACUACAUGUCUAUGGACCAAGAACUCUAUGCUCCCAGAACUGAAUCCUGUUAAUACAUGAUCCUUAUGGCUGCAGGCUAGCUUUAGGGAUAUACCAAAAGUGACACACAGUGUGUUCACCUAAAAUAUUAUGACUCAUUCUUCUGGAUUUGCCAAAUUUUUGAUGUCCAAAAUAUUCAAAACAUUCAUCAUUCAACAUUCAAUGCUCGUGUGCAAGACAAAAUUUCCUGUUUACACAAACAACUGAUUUACGUUGGCAGUUCUGUCAUUACAACUUUUCAGAGCAACACUGUAUUAAACUUCAUUUCACAAACACUGAUUUGUGAACAGACUGGUCAGUUCAAGGUGAAUAUGUCUCUUGAAUUUCAACGAAAUUUGUUUGUUUGUUGCUUUGUCAAUUUAAGAACUAUUUAUAUAUAUCCUGCUGAGGAUUAGAUAGAGUGCACUACUGAAAAAUCCUUCCUCACCAGCUGAUGGUGAUAUAUGUGACUACAUGAUUACUGAAUUCUGAGCCCUAUAUUGGACAUGCUACACAUAAAAGGACCACAACCGAAAUCAAUAAAACUGGACUGUUUCUUUAUGCUACUUUGUUGGCACAGCACCCUGAACCUUCAGGGCAAUUAUGUUCAGGUAAUUUAUAGUUAAUAUUAG